UAUAAGCAGGUGGAGCAGUACAUGUCUUUCCACAAGCUUCCUGCGGAUAUGCGCCAAAAGAUCCAUGAGUAUUAUGAGCACCGCUUCCAAGGAAAAAUGUUCGAUGAGGAGAACAUCCUGGGAGAGCUUAGCGAACCACUGAAAGAGGAGAUUGUCAGCUUUAACUGCCGAAGCCUGGUGGCCAACAUGCCACUGUUUGCCAACGCCGACCCCAACUUUGUGACUGCUGUCCUGACCAAGCUCCGCUUCGAGGUGUUUCAGCCGGCGGACUUUAUCAUACGCGAAGGCACUGUUGGACGUAAAAUGUAUUUCAUCCAGCAUGGACGAGUUAGUGUGCUGACCCGUGGAAACAAAGAGACCAAGCUGAGUGAUGGAUCUUACUUUGGAGAGAUCUGUUUGCUGACUCGUGGACGGAGAACAGCCAGCGUCCGCGCGGACACGUACUGCCGGCUGUACUCUCUCAGUGUGGACAGUUUCAGCCGCCGCUGCAGGAAGAAGUGGCGUGAUGGGUGGGAGUGGCACAGUGUCCCCUCGGCCUCGUCCGGUCAUCUGGGCGCCACUGGUCCACGCUCCACUGCAGACGGCGGCCGCCACCAGUAAUGUAGCCAUUGCUCUGAUGCACCAGCAGCAACAGCAGCAGCAGCAGCUGCAGCAGCUGCAACAGCAGCAGCUGCAGCAGCAACAGGUUCUUGGAGGGGCUUUCUUCCUGUCCUCGCCGCUGAUUUCCCCUUCUCCCUCCACCACGUUUCCUCUCUCUCCUCCCCGGGCUCCCGUGCUGCAACCCCUUCGCCCCUCUGUGAGCUCUCUCAUCGGGAUGAUGGCAAUGGGAGGAAUGAGUGGUUUGUCCCCAAGAGGAGGAUUUCCUGCCUCUCCUUCGGCUAUGGGUCCUCCUGGUGGGGUGGCAUCGCCGCCUGUUCCCAAAACACCCUCCACUCCAGCUUCUAGUGGCUCCACUUCUGUCCAACACGGAAGAACUCUCUAUUACGGCCCCCGAUUUCCAGCUGAUCCCUCCAUGACUGUCGGAGCACCUGGAACCCCAACGGGGGCGGGGUCAACUCCACCUCUCAAGAUCCCAACCACAAACCCAGCUGCCUCUAGUAGCCCUCCAGAUGGCAACCAAUGUAAGCAGGGGGCAAAAGAGGCGCUAAUGCGUCACGGCGGAAACAGCUGUCAGGGUCUGCCAGCUUUGGGCAGACUCACCCAGGAGGCCAGGCUGCUGUCUGCCUCACAGCCCACUCUGCCUCAUCGCUCCUGGGCCGGAUUGCAGCCUCACCCUCCUCUUCAUCGCAAAGCCUCUGGUGGUAAUUUAUUGGCGGCUCCUUUCCUGGCAGGACAGUUGGCCAGGGGAGGAAGCGCGGGGAUGCUGACCUCUAACCCCCCAGUGCACCUCAUGACCAACAUCCCCUUUAUAGCACAAUCUACGUUUCCUGUUCAGGCUGCACUAACUCCACCCGUCUCUGCAGGCACGGCUUCCUUCACACAGACUACAUCUGUCCCAGCAUCCACAGCGUCUCCUUUACCGCCAUCCUCCCCUCCCAAACAGACCCCCUUCUCCUCUGCAGCCCCCACUCCUUCAACUCCCACAACCGUGCCACGUCCAAAGCCAAUGUCAGCCGCCCCGUCUCGCUCCUCCUCUCCUUCUCCCUGCUCCACCCCUCCUUCGGCGGGAGCGAGCCCGCUUUCAACUCCCCGUCCCAAACCCAUUCCCGCAUCCUCUCCUCGCUCUUCCUCCCCUUCUCCGUCCUCCACGCCUCCUCCAAUCUCUGUUUCUUCUCCUAUUUCUAUACCUCAAGGUCACAAACCGUCGCUGGCCUCCUCUUCUCCUCCUUCCUCACUGCAACCCUCUUCUCUGAGUCAUCCUCAGAGCCCUAAAACCAAGACAUUUAGCACGCCACUCUCUGCUUCCCUGCUGUCUGGGCCCAGUGCUGGCCUGACGCCAACUCAUCCGAUGGCGGUUUCCAUUCAGACAUCACCUUCUGCUCCCUUUCAAGCUUCUUCUUCUUCCUCAUCUCCAAAUAAUCCCCAUAAUCCAACACAGUGUCUUCAGCCCUCUGGCUCAAGCGCGACCCCAAAACAAGUUUCCCCUCUUACCCCCAUCCAAACCUCUCUAACACCUGUCAGCACCAACUCUCCUACUAAAAUCACCUUUUCAGUUCAUCCUGUGAAGCAGACCUCUCCGGUCCUCACCCCGAGCCCCACUUCAGGCUCAACCCAAACCGUCACACAAAUCCCAUUGACGGCAUCACCACCCACAUGUCCAAAUCAAAGCCCCUCCACCACCUCUGCUUCUCCCACAACGACCACCACCUUGCCUUCUGUUCAUUCUUCCUCUAUUCAGUCCCCAAAACAAGCUCAGACCUGCCAGGCGACGACCACGCCGCACAACCCGGCGGCACAUGUAGGCACCUCUGCCAACUCCACUCCAAUUAAAGGCCCAAUUCAGGACCCUCAGCUGUCUCUCACCAAAAAAGACUCGGAGGGACUGCGGCACAAACUACCCGCCAACAUGUAAUAAAGGACAGAAGGAGAGUCGUGUCAGCGUAGGCACCAGGCCGAUGGCCUUUCACGGACAGGCACACCCUCUUUGUAUUUACU